AUGAUUUCUGAUGCAGUUAACAAGGUUGAACCAGAUGAUGUUUUAUCAAUUAAGUCAUUUUCUUCCUUUGAGACAACUAUUCACGUGGAAGAAGGAAUGGAGGUUAUUUUUAUAUUGGUAAUUAACUGUUUUUCCCCAACUAGAUCAGAUUAUGAGGAAGAAGAAUUUGCCACUGAAGGCGAAGUGAAGAAUAAACUUGGCGAAGAUCCUCAACAUCCUUGUAUUCCUAGCGAAGAGGAGAUGAGCAAGGACGAGCUUCAAAGAAUGCUGGUAGAGCAAUAUAAGACAAGAGCUAAUUUUGUUACAUAUGCAAAUGAUGGUUAUGAGCAUAAAAGAUGA